AUGACUAAACUGAGUACAUUCAUCAUGCCUGUAUCACCWGAAGAUCUCGUAACAUUGCUUGCACUGCUAACAAGUGAUAGUGAAUAUAAGAUCUUGAUCAGUGGAAGACGAGUAAAAGGCGGUAUAAUAACCGGUAUUGGGGCAACUGUAGGUGGAGUAUGUGGAGGACCAAUUGGUGUUGUCGUAGGUAGCGUUGUUGGAGGUACUGUGGCUGCAUGGACAACAAAACGAAUCGAGAUUACCUUGGAAAAGUUCUUAACAGACAUGAAUAAAGACGACAGGGAACAUUUGUACCAGUAUAUGAGGUAUCUUAUCGAUGAUAGUCACGUAAAAACCUUUGUGGCUUUGAAUGCGAAAGUUGCCAGUGAUUGGGAACUACGGAGACGAUUUUUGGAUGUGUUCUUUUGUUAUUUGAAGACGGAGUUGAGAUUAACYCUAAUCACAUGA